AUGGAAGCACCCUACGUUCCAUUUGCUCUGCUGAAAUCUGGCCGUAUUAACCAGCGUUUAGUUGCUAGGUUGCUCUGCUUCUGGACUACUUGCAACAUCAAAAAAGGUGGUCAACUCAUGGGCGUCGACCUCCUCCUCCUUGACGAGAAGUUCGUGUGGAACAGUCGUUGUGCAACAUACCCACCGAACACUUCUGAUUUUGGUCCUACGACCAACUCUUGGCCCUACGACCAACUCUUGGCCGUUGGCAACACCAACAAUGAGCUUCCUGACAUUAUUGGAGAAGUCAACUCAACAAAAUCUUAUCACAAUGAAGCAACAGAGGGCGUUCAGAGAAUGCUGAUCCACCUUCGUCUUGAAAGCGGAGAGAACGUCCGAGUGAGUGCUUUUGAUGACCACGCUAACUUUCUACACAAGUUAUUCAGCGAGAAAGAGGCAGGGACAUGUAUCAUGUUGGCCACCAAUAUGAAUCCCAAGUUUUUCGGAGGCGAUCUUUAUCUGAAUGCCACAACUGGUUCGAAGUUCUACUUUGACGGCAAGGUCGACGCAACCAAAUCGUACCUGGACCGCGUCAGCUCUAAAGAUUCAGGCAAUCUCCCCACUGAAAAAUGCCAUGGCGUCCAGAAGAUUGAACAUGUAUCCAUUGCAGAACUGAAUGAAUUUUUGUUCACAUCUGACCUCCAGGAGGCUGAAUUUCUGUGUACCGGUAAAGUUGUCGAGAUCCAGCCUACAAAAGGGUGUAACAUAUCCUGUUCGAAAUGUGCAAAGAAGAUGACCAAAACCAAGACUACCCUGGGCUGCAACAACUGCUACUCCCCUGAUGCAGUUGGUGAUGUCAAAUACCGGGUGGAAAUAGUCGUCGACGAUGGGAGUGUAACGUCUGUUUUUGUUGCAUUCGACAAGGAUAUGGUUGAUAACACCGGAUUUUGA